AUGAAGGUCUUCAUCCUGGCUCUCCUCGCCCUCACAGCAACCACCGCCAUUGCCCAGUUGGAAUCCACCGGUAGCCAGGGCUUUGGACAAUGCCAACAACAACAACAACCGGGGCAACAACAGCUGCUGGAGCAGAUGAAGCCGUGUGUGGCAUUCCUGCAACAACAGUGUAGCCCAGUGAGAAUGCCAUUCCUCCAAAUACAGGUGCAGCAGCUUAGCAGCUGCCAGAUCAUGCAAUACCAAUGCUGCCAGCAGCUAGCACAGAUCCCGGAGCGAAUCCGGUGCCAUGCCAUCCACAGCGUGGUAGAGGCUAUCAUGCAACAACAACCCCAACAACAAUGGCAGGAGCCCCAACAGCAAGCACAACAUAAGAGCAUAAGGAUGUUGCUUGAGAACCUAUCAUUGAUGUGCAGCAUCUCCGUCCCGGUACAAUGCCAGCAACAACAACAAUUGGGCCAACAACAACAACAACAAUUGCAGGAGCAGUUGACACCGUGUGCGACAUUCCUGCAGCAGCAGUGCAGCCCAAUGACAGUGCCAUUCCCCCAGACUCCGGUGGAUCAGCCUACCAGCUGCCAGAAUGUGCAACACCAAUGUUGCCGGCAGUUAUCACAUAUCCCGGAGCAAUUCCGUUGCCAAGCCAUCCACAACGUGGCUGAGGCUAUCAGGCAACAACGACCCCAACAACAAUGGCAGGGUAUGUACCAGGCCCAGCAGCCAGCACAACUUGAGAGCAUCAGGAUGUCGCUUCAGGCCCUGCGGUCGAUGUGUAGCAUCUACAUCCCGGUACAAUGCCCCGCCCCCACCGCCUACAACAUUCCCAUGGUGGCUACUUACCCUGGUGGUGCGUACUAG